UUGAAGCUGUCAGACCGUCACGUCGUUAUUGCUUUGUGCUGCUGUCGGGAGCGCGCUGAUUUCUCUUUCACGUCAUGGACUGAACGUAAUGUAGUUUGAUACAUUUGUAGUUUGGUGGAGCAACGUUUAAUGAUUCAUAUGUUUCCGCGAACAAAGCUGUGAAACUGCAAAAAAAGAGACCUAAUCAGACGAGCAGCAUGAAUGAGCCCGAGGGACUGCGCUUACGGAGGUUAAACAGACCUCAGAUCAUCACAGACGAAGCCCAUGAACCUCAACACAAGACCACAGGCACGUACAGUGGGAAGGUGUUUCGUGUGACAUUACUCACACUCGUGGCUUUCCUGCUCUUGCCCCUGCUGGUGGUGGUCUUCAUCUUAGAGUCUCCUAUUCAACCAGAGGCGUUCAGUCUGAAUGAGCCGCCUCUGAUGACGGGCUGUUACGAGCCCAACAUUAAACUGAGACAAGCUGAGCGACUGUUUGAGGACCGGCUUAUCGGCCCAGAAUCCAUUGCUAACAUUGGAGAUGUUUUGUACACUGGCACGGCUGAUGGAAAGAUUGUGAAAAUCGAGGGCAGGAACUUUCAUGUGCUAACAACACUUGGCAAGUCACCAUGCGGUUCUCAUGAACAUGAGCACACCUGUGGACGUCCCCUAGGAAUCCGUCUGGGACCCAACGGCACCUUGUUUGUGGCUGAUGCCUAUUUAGGGUUGUUUGAGGUCAAUCCUGUCACAGGUGAUGUGAAGUCUCUGUUGAGCACAGGGAGGAUGAUCGGAGGUCGACGCCUGGGCUUUGUGAAUGACCUGGACAUUACUCAGGAUGGGAAGAAGUUGUACUUCACUGACUCUAGCAGCAGGUGGCAGCGCAGAGACUUCAUGAAGCUGAUCAUGGAAGCCACAGCAGAUGGACGUGUGCUGGAGUAUGAUACAGAGACCAGAGAAGUGACUGUGAUGAUGGAGAACUUGAGGUUUCCCAACGGGAUCCAGCUCUUCCCGGAUGAGGAAUCUGUUCUGGUGGCUGAAACAACCAUGGCAAGGAUAAGGAGAGUCCACGUGUCUGGUCUGAAUAAAGGUGGCAUGGAUACAUUUAUAGACAACCUUCCAGGAUUUCCUGACAACAUCAGACGCAGCUCUUCAGGAGGUUACUGGGUGGCCAUGUCUGCUGUUCGACCCAAUCCUGGUUUCUCCAUGCUUGACUUUCUGUCUCAGAGACCCUGGAUUAAAAAGCUCAUAUUUAAGCUCUUCAGUCAAGACACGCUGUUGAAGUUUGUGCCGCGCUACAGUCUGGUGGUGGAGCUGCAGGAUGGAGGGACGUGCGUGCGGAGCUUCCAUGACCCACACGGCAUGGUGGCGGCGUACAUCAGCGAGGCCCACGAACACAACGGCCACCUCUACCUGGGUUCCUUCCGCUCACCUUAUCUGUGCAAGCUGGACCUGAGCAAAGUGUGAAACACGCUUGUGAAAAGCCCAACCGAUCCAUCUACUUGAGUCAUAUCUAACCCUGACUUCCAAACAAACAGAUUUUGAAGCAAUUUACAUCAACAGGAGCACUUGAUAUCUUCUUCAAUAUUCUUUUCAACAAAUGAACAAACACAGUUGCUCCGUAUGAUCUUCAUUCUUUGAUUUAGCCCCCCGACAGUAGGUUCAAAUUGUUGAUCAUUUCACAUUUUGGGAAGUGUUAUAAGUGUGGUUAUUUUAUAAUCACAAGAUGUGCCAUUACUAUUUUUGAUUUCCACUUAUGAGAGAAAGCAUGCUAUUUCUGUACUCGUUUUUUUUUGCACACCAUCUUCUGGCCCUUAAAAUGUAGCUGUGAUAAAAAAAAUGAGAUUAGAGACUCAUAAUAACUUCUACGGGUGGCAUGAAAGAAAUGUUGUGUUGAGCGAUCUACUGCAACUUUAUAUAAAGCUAUAAUGAUCUCUGGGUGAGAAAUGUGUGAAUGUGAUGUAAUUUUCUUUUCUUUUUUUGUGUCGUCAUUAUUUGUAAAUGCUGCUUUACGAGAACUGAAGAAGAGCUAAAUUAAUGCUGCUGGUGUUUGAUAUUUAACAACUUUACUGCAAAGUAUCAACGUUUUAUACAAUAUAACAAUUAUCUGCAAUAAUGUCACAUCGCUGUGGUUCUCAACUGGUGGAACAAAUAAGAUGAACUGGUUGUGUUAUGGACAUAAAAAAUAACAUGUCAGCAAAUAAUAACAUGCACGUCAUUCGUACAUCAGUAAAAGAGCAAAUCAAAUAGGCUUCAAUGCUUACACAUAUAUUUUGUUUGUUUGAUCAGCACAUCUGAUCAAACUCUACAAGGUUGGGGUUCAACGGGGUGCAGUUAUAGUUUAAUAUCAAAACGUGAUGACUGAAUCAAGAUAUGUGAUGAACUGCUAUAGUUUCCUCUUCAAAAAUUUUUUACGAUUAUUUUAAAAUGUUGGGUUAAUUUCAACCCAGCGUUGGAUCAAAAAGGUACAAACUCAACUGUUGGGUUGUUUUAACAAAAAAGGCAUAACCCAAUGGUUGGGUUUGUCCCUUUUUGAACCAAAUAACACUUAAUGUUUUAGGAUUGUUUAGAGUCAUUUCAUUGUCCCUUCCACAUUAAAGUGCAGGUUAGCAUUACCCAAGGUCUUUCUAUGUAAUUUUUAUAGUUUUACAUAUAGACCUGUGCAGUUCAUUGUAACAUCAAUAGAUUUCCUUUUUGUUUCUUUUCUGUGAUAAUUCCAGUAUGGGUGGAUUGAUUUGGAUUCAUGUCACCUCUGCAUCCCACAGGAAUGCCGGUUGAGCACAACUGUCCCAAUGGAUGCUUGUUCCCAUUUAAUGACCAUAUGGACUUAUGAUUCUCAGCCACAUGUAAUGUGCGUUUCACCGCGAGUAGUAAAUGAGUAGUCCAGAAAUCACAUGAAUAAAUCUGCUCACAAUAAACCCA